AUGUCCGCCGCUAAGACUAAGGCUCAGACCUUGAUCAACGAGAACGGCGUUGUCGUCUUCUCGAAGUCCUACUGCCCCUACUGCAACGAGAGCAAGAAGUUGCUGAACUCGCUGGGCGCGAAGUUCGCUACCGUUGAGCUGGACCAGCUGAACGACGGCGCCGCCCUCCAAGACGCGCUCCAGGAAAUCAGCAGCCAGCGCACCGUCCCCAACAUCUUCAUCCAGCAGAAGCACCUCGGCGGAAACUCCGACCUGCAGGCCAAGAAGGCCGAGCUGCCGCAGCUGCUGAAGGCUGCCGGUGCUUUGUAAGAAUCUGAUACGCCGUGUGAUUGAUACCGGGAUGCACAGGCUAGGAUAGAAUCAUAUUAUACAUAUUGAUCGGUUUUUUACUUGUGUGCGGAAAACGUCCAUGGGUCCCAUGGAGGAUGUAGAAUACCCCGCGGUAUGCAGGAGGGGGUGUCGUUCAUUAAUUGGUCUGAUAAGCCGUAGGGAUCGGGGCCAAUCGGG